AUGUCCUUCAUUCAAAAAUGGCUUAAAAUUUAUAAUACACUAUCUAUAGGUGCCUAUGAGAGAGCUCUCAAAGAACAAGGAAGUGCUGAUGUAGCGUAUGCUCGUCUUAUGUUACUAGGAUCAGCUGGUACUGGCAAGACGUGUCUCAAGCGUUCAUUAAUGGAAGAACCUUUCAAUCCUCAUACUACAAGCACCAUUGUAUCUGAUGUAUCAACUGUACGACCAUUUGGACACGAGUGGCAAACAAGGAGAGAAAACAAAUGGAGAGAAGCCACAGAAGAAGAUGAAAUUGAGGAACUUGCACAUUUGUUUGAAUCAAGUCGUUAUAGUCCAUUCUCACACCAUCCAUCUGUAUUGAGUCCAGAACAUUCUCAUAAUGAGUUAUCUACUAGUUCCAUAGCUUCUGAUUUGAAUGUAGAGAGCCAUAUCCAAUCAAUUCUUAAAAGAGCUAAAGGUUCUACUGAUCAGACAACAGACUCACUUGUUCAACCAUUUCUUCAUAUAUGGGAUUGUGGUGGUCAGCCAGUGUUCCUUGAGAUUCUCCCAGCCUUCCUCACUCCUCGUACAAUGUUUCUCCUCCUGUUUGAUGCUUCAAAGGAUUUUAAGGAAGGAUGGCUGUCACGUCAGAAUACUCCUGAUGGUAGAGUACUGUUUGGUGAGGUAGCAAAUGAAAGCACGAGUGAUCUAAUGGCCAAAUGGAUGUCUACAAUACACAGUCACCUCAUGAAGCCCAACAAAGAUGAUACUUCUUCUCCUAGUCUCUAUUGUAUUGGCACUCGUGGUGACAAGAUAAAUUCAGAAAGGAAAAAAGAAGUAAAAGAGCAAAUAAAGUUCCUGUAUCAGGAAAAAGAAUUUUCAGAUCUUAUUAAAGAUGUGCUGAUCAUUGAUAAUACAACCUCUGGCAUGGGGAAAAGAGAAGAUCCGAGCAUUAAAAAUUUACGUGGAGCUAUUAGUAAUUUUACCCAUAAAUUAGUCAUCAAAACCCCUGUCAACUGGGUUCUCUUUCGCAAAGUUCUCCAACAACUAAAGCAGAAUGUCAUUAGUGUGUCUGAUGCUAUUGUCAUUGGAGUGGCAUGUCAUAUACCAGCAGAUGAUGUUCCUAAAGUAUUGAAAUUCUACCAUGAGUUGGGAGUUCUGCUUUACUAUCCUCAAAUAGAAGGCCUGAAGAAAAAAGUCAUUCUCAGUCCAAAAUGGUUUGUUGAUACCAUUGGGAAGGUGUUUACACUAGAAGGAUAUGAAGAAGGAUGGAGUGGAACAAAUAGAUGGUAUUUGUUACGAAAAAAAGGUAUUCUUGUUCAACCACUUUAUCAAGAGGUAUGGCAGUCAAGUGGUAUUGAUCCAGAAGAAAUAAUUGAACUUUUAGUUCAUUUUUGUCUUGCAGCUCAAGUUCAAACUGAGCAUUAUGAUAGCAGAUUCAAGCAAUAUUUUCUUCCAGCAGUGCUACCAGGAUACACAGGUGACCCUAAUGAAGUACGACCUGGUUAUAAGCUAAGAGCCUCACCUGUACACAUUACAUUCUCCACUGGGUAUGUACCUCCUGGCUUCUUCACUCGUUUAGCAACUGCUGUAGCUACUAAUGCCAGUAUUGAGCUCAAUUUUGAAAAUGCUUCUGUUUAUGCAAAACCUGCUUUUGGUUUUUUUGAUCGAUUAGCUAUUACCAUGAAAUUACGCUCUCAAGUUGAGAUAAGACCUAUCUAUCGUAAUCGUGUCUGCUUCUCUUAUGGCUAUCCUUCUGAUGAUUUUGUUCUCACUGAUGUUAAUGAUGCUAUUCAAUUUGUCAAAAAAUCAUAA